UAGUAAUAAUCCUUUUAAUAAUGGUAAAAAUACAUAAAAACUAAACACAAAAAUAAUGGAAUAUGCUCAGAAUAACAACGGUUUUACGCUUCUAUUCUGUGCUCUAUUUUACUCUGGUGCUGUCACUUAAUUUUUUAUCUGAUCUGUGGCACAAACAAAUGUCAUAAUUUUUGCGUUGCAUUUUUUGGCUCUUCUGGCGAAGAAAUCGUUAUUUUGCCUCAAUUUUUGUAAUAAAUUCAUUAUUUCCUCCUAUUUAAUUCGUAUUAGUGUUAAAGUUUUUUAAAGAUGUAGGUUCAAAUAAUACGCCAUUUGUGUGUUCUAAGAAAACAAGAUAAGCGCAUUUAAAUCACAGGUGUUUUGAUUUAUCAACACAAUAAUGGAUUUACCUUCGGCACCAAAACCUAAAAAAUUUAAAAGCCCUCUUCAAGAAAGCAAUUUGAAUAUAAAGAAUUGCAUCACAUGUACAAAUGUCCCCGACGGUCUGUUCGAUGCUACGCUGGCUAAGAAGCACUUCAGUAAGUUCGGGCGCGUGCAGCGCAUCAGGUUGUUUCCCAAGAGGCAGAUGUGCAUGAUAGAGUAUGACCAGCCCGCCGCCACCGAGCGGGCAGUGCUGAAUGCCGGAGCUUUUGAUGGAUUCAUGUUUGAUGUUACAAGAAGUAAAUCCAGAACAAGGAGAAAAAGCAAAAGGGAUGAUGACCCAGACUGGGUGCCUGACCCAGAUGUGAAACAAGAGCUGUCUGCAAUGGUUGGAGCACCCAGCUACAGAUUGAGCCGGCAAAAACCUAUGGAUCAGGAUUUACCUACAACUCCUGUAAAACCCAAAAUGGUGGCCAACAUAACCAAGCAACUUCCUAUCAGAAAGAAAGUAGCUGCUAGGGAGGCCCCUUCUGUGAGCCAGCAUGUGAGCGGCACUGAGUCUCCGGUGCAGGUGACGGCCACGCAGACGAGCCUGAGCACGGCGGAGGCGGCGGCCGAGCUGCUGCAGCUCAAGUCCCGAGUGUCACUCACUCCGGACGAGCAGUGGCGCACGCUUGAUGCCAGAGACCGAAUCCUGCGGUCGUGGGGCGGCGCCGGAGCGCGGGUGAAGGUGGGCGGCGCCACCAUCGGCACCUGCCAGGACAUGUGCCCGGAAAAGGAACGCCUUCACAGACAGGCUGAGCAUCAGGUGAUGACACUAGAAGCGCUGCCGGACUCGGACGGGGCCCUAGAGCCGUGGCGCGCCGUGAAGCAGUACAGCCGCAGCUCCGCCGACCAGGAGAUGCCGAUGUGCUACGAGCUGCGCCCGCCGCCCGCGCUGCGCCGCACCGCCACCUACCUGCUGCACGAGAUCGCCGACACUACGAGACAGGUUUCUCUGGCCGAUUGGUUCCACUUCUUGUGGGAUCGCUUUCGAGGAAUCCGCAAAGAUAUCACACAGCAGGCUCUGUGUUGUGAAGAUUCAAUCUGCCUGGUGGAGAUGUGCGCGCGGUUCCACGCGCACUGCGCGGCGCGGCUCGCCGACCUCGAGCACACGCAGUUCGACCAGAAGCUGAACACCGACAACCUCACCAAGUGCCUGCAGACGCUCAAGCACAUGUAUGCAGACGUGGACCGCAGCAAGAAGCCCAGGGAGGCCGAGUUCCGGGGGUAUAUUGCGCUACUGAACUUGGGUGAUUCGAAUUUUUGGUGGGAGAUCAAGCAGCUGCCCGACGACAUCCAAAAGUCCGAGCCAAUCACCUUCGCCAUCAAAGUGUUCAACUCUCUCGACAACAACAACUACGUGCGGUUCUUCCGGCUCGUGCGCGAGGGCGCCACGUACCUGCAGGCGUGCAUCCUGCUGCGCUACUUCAACGACGUGCGCGCGCGAGGCCUGGCUCGCGUCGUCAAGGCCUUCGCCCCGCGCGGCGGCUCGCGCUACCCCUCCCACGAACUCAUCAACGCACUCGCCUUCGAAACACACGACAACAUGAAGGCAUUCAUAGAACACUAUGGACUACGCUGCGGCAAAACAGAAGACUCCGAGCUAGAUGUCAUACUCGACAGAAACGAUUUCAUCGAAGACAGUGAUCCGUACCCGCUCGCUAGGGAAAUGGAGCUGAUUGAAUCAAAACGAAACUGUUCAGUCGGCGAAAUCAUUGCUGGUGGGCCUCUACCGAAUCGUGAUUAUCAAAAUCACAGGCUACAAUCUAGCUUUAAUAAGGAUGGAACAUUAAAAGAUCUUGUAGCUGAAGAUCUUGGUUACAAUACUAUAAAUGAUACAAAUAAAGACGUGCGUGGUCUUAAAGCAGAAUUGCAGAGACUGUCACAAGGAGGAAGAGCUUUUGUUCCUGACAAAGCUAUUGAGGUUAAGACCAACUUUGUCAAACCAGAAACAAAAUCAUUUGUGGGAAAAACUGAAGUGAAAUCAUUUGAAGCAUCGAACGAUAGCCCUGCUAAGUUUUCGUUUAAUCCAGCUAUACCUGUGGCACCUACAGAAAUUAUUAAGAAAUCACCUGAAAAAAUAUUUGAAACAAAUAGUAAAAAUAUUUUUUCCUUCUCUAAACCUCAGGAAACUGUGCCAUCGAAUGUGUUCAAUAUUCCGAAGGGCAAAGAAGCAGGCAGCUUAUUUAAGCUAGAUAACAUAAAGCCUGUGUUCGGUAAAACAGGAGAUACAGAUGCUAGCUUAAAUUUAUUCGGAAAAGUAAAUAAUGAAAAUAAAGAUCCUUUCAAAAAUUCUCAAAACUUGUUUAAAGGAAAUAGUUCCGAUGAUUCGAAUGAUGUAUUUAAAAAGCCAGAAGCUUCCAAGAUUACAUUUGGUCAAGUUAAUAAUGAGAAUGAUAAGAAAUCAACUUUUGGAAAUUUUAACAAACCAACUGGUAAUCUAUUUACAAGUAGUUUUCCAAAUAAAAAUAUUUUUGCUGCUAAAGACUCUGAAGGAUCCCAGACAUCAAAUGGUCCAAACACAAAUUUGUUUGGUAAAUCAAAUGUUAAUGAAAGUAAAAAUAUAUUUGCUAAGCCAGAUACAGCUUCGAAAUUUGAAAGCAAUGGAAAUAUAUUCGCAAAACCUGUAAACACAGAAGAGUUCCCGAAACUACCGCAUCAGAGUGAUAGUUCAGUAUUUGGAAGUUACAAACCAGCAGCAUUUACUGCCAAGAAUAAUUUAUUUUCACAUGAAACUAAAUCGGAAGAAGCUAAGCAAACCAAAUCUCUUUUUCCAAUGAAUGGAGACACUGCCAAUCAUCAAAUCUCUCCCGGUAGUUUUUUUAAGAGCGUAGUUAAAUCAAAUGGGCCAAAUGAACAUGGUCAUUCAAUAUUUCAAUCAAAAAAUAAUAGUGAGCAUUCAUCUGUAGCUCAUAACAUAUUUAAUUCUGUUACUUCACAAAAAGGUGAUGAUGUUUACAAAUUUAAUCAAGAUGAUUCUGAAAGCACAAUAGAAGAAGAAAAACGAAAACACGAAGAGUAUAGAAAACAGCAAGAACAAAUCCAGGAACAAAAACGCCAAAAUGAACAAAGGCUCAUGGAGGAGGCCAGAAGAAAAGAAUUAGAAAUUAAACGUUUAGAAGAAAUGAAACGUCAAGAGGAAAUCAGACGUCAACAAGAAGAAAUAAAAAGACAACAAGAGGAAAUGAGACUUCAGGAGAUUAAGAGAAAGGAAGAGAGAAAACAAGAAGAGUUAAAAAGGAAACUUGAAGAAGAACGAAAAGCCAAUGAAAUAAAAAGAAAAAACGAGGAAGAAAGGAGAUUUAAAGAAAAAGUUGAUAAAGAAUCAUCGGAACUAAUAGAGGACUUGCUUCAAGAAAUUACUGAUGAAACGCUUGUUGAAUUGAUGAAGGAGGAAUUGAAAAAAUUCAAUGAGCUAAUGAAUUGUGCUGAUGUUUUCACUAAAGAAAUUUUGAAUGAAUUGUGUAAUGAAAUUUGUGAGUCAGAAACAAAGGCAGAGAAGAUGUGGGCAGAAAAAUUAAUGAAGAAAUGGUUCGCAGUUUGGCGAGUGCACUUACACAGAAAUGUGAAACGAAGAAAGCUGUUGGAUGAUACCCCCGUGUGGAUCGCUGAGUGCUCGCCACAUGAAAAGGCUGCGUUAUUGAAGAGAUUUGUUGAAAAGUCAGCUUUGAAGAACAUGAACCAAAUCCACAAAGGUUAUCGGUUUAGCGGAGAGCUAAAGUUACCACCUGCGCCAGAACCAUACAAUAUUAUGGAAAUUAUUAAAUCUCCCCUACUAAAACGGAUGAAACAAAUCAAUUACCCUUAUGAUAAAUGUUUCUUCUGGAAAAUUACUCUGGUGUCUCCAGGUGAGUCAAAGUGGUUGAGCAGAAAAAUUGAAAUUCAAAAAUGGUUAGCAGAUGCUUUUAGUGAUAAGCAAGAACAUGAUACUUCUGAUACCUUGAUCAAUGUUGGAAAGCACUCGUGGAAUAAUCUGAUGGAUUUCGCCAUUUCAGUCAGUUUGGCAAAUAAGGAAAAUAAGCUCAAUUAUAAUGAGGCAUUGGAGGGGUCCAAUGCCGUAUUAUUUUAUGCGACUGAAGAUGAAACAAAUUUCAUAGAAACAAUUGAGUUCACAUUGAAACAGAAAUACCCUUAUCAAGUUGUACCCAUUGCAAUCAUUAUGCCUAAAUUGCAAGAUUCAUCUCUGAACAAAAAACUUGAACAAUUUCUAACAUAUUUGGUGAACAACAAAACAAUUGCUAGUUUCAAAAUCUUUAUCACAGAUCCCAAAAACGUUUCUGAAUCGCUCAAUGCUUCAACCAAAAGUGCACUGAAAUGGCUGGCGAAAAAAUACCCUGCAAUACCUCCUCUAGAAAUUGAUCAGUUGAAGUCACUGUGUCAAAGAUACCUCGGAAAUGAAAUUUGGUGCAGACUAAAAAUGGAAAGGUUAACUCAUUUGAAGGAUAUUCUAAAGGACCUCAUAAAGUUGGUCGACAUAUACAACAUGGCAGUAGAUAAAUUAACAACUGCUAUUACUAAUGAAGAUCUCUUCAAUUACCCAUCCUUCCCACUGGAAUUUAAACAAUAUUUGAAUGUCAGUUCUCCCUAUCCAAAGCCGUAUGAAUUCAUUCCAAGCAAUGUAAAGACAUCAGAAAAUGUAUCUGCAAUCAGAGAUAUUAUGAGACAGCUAAAGCUUCCAGCACCACAAAGAGAUUUUCAACCUUUGAGCGUAGUCAGUAUAGAAGAUAGUAUCAGAACAUACUGUAAUCAAAUAGGAUGGUUUCAAAAUCCUGAAGAAGUAGUGUGCAAAGUAGUUGCUACUCUCCCAACCGAAAUAGUGAAUCCGGAGAUGUCGUGUGAACAGUUUAGCAUGAACUUGGAGAAUUAUGAUUUACUGGACAUUUUGAACAUCAUUGUCUACGAAAAAAUUAACAAUUUAAAUAAAUUUGAUAACAGGUUUGUCAUAUAUGAAAAAGCAGUAUUAGAUGAUUACAGAAACUGCCAUUGGUUAUAUCAAUCAGAAAUUGUAUCAACAAUGAAAUAUAAGCCUUAUGAUUAUGAGGAUGAGUUAGAUUAUGUAAUAGAUGCUAAAAGAAGAAAAAUAGCCAGUGAAAGUUUUGAAUAUCUCAUGUUAGAAGACAAAGACUGUACAGUUGUAGAAGAAACUAUAAGAAUAAACGAUAUAAAGAUAAGUAAAUUGAGUAAUUGUGAACAAGCUGUACAACAGCUUGAAAAACAACUUGAAGAAGAAAGGAAGAAAUCUGUUGAACUUGAAAAUUUGUUAAGAGCAGCUCUUUCUGAUGUUUAAUUAUUGGUUAAUAAUUAUAAUUAAUUCUUAAUAUUUUUGCAUGUUGAUUUGUGAAUGAAUACAAACAAAAUCUUUGUUUAUUUAA